AUGGACGACAUGAUGGUCGACUCGCAACCGCCCACGAGGAAUACAAGCACCACGCAAAGCUUUCAGGCGCUUGUCAACAACAACCAGGUUGUACUCGACUGGAAAUACGAAAUGCGCCGCCAAAUGCAAGAAAUCCUUCCGGGUUUAUUUCUCGGACCUUACUCUUACUCCAAGGAAUUUAAUCAACUCAAAGCCAAUGGCAUCACGCAUAUUGUUUCCAUACGAGACGCAUCCGAAAAAAGGAUCAUACGCCCUCGAUUUCCCGAACACUUUUUAUAUUUCGAGAUUGAAGUUUCGGAUUCUCCAAACGAGCGACUGAUCCCGCAUUUUCCGGCAGCCAAACAGUUUAUCGACGAGGCAUUGAAUAGUGGCGGGAGAGUUUUUGUGCAUUGUAACGGGGGAAUCAGUAGAAGUCCUGCGUUUGUUGUGGCAUAUGUCAUGGAGACGGCGAAAAUGGAUUAUCAAUGCGCAUAUACGUUUGUGCAGAAUAGGAGAUUUUGCAUGAAUCCAAAUGAAGGGUUUAAGGUUCAGUUAAAGGAAUACGAACCCAUCUACUCUGCGAGGGAUCAACAAGGCUGUAGAGAACCAGAGCACAACCGUCCGGCAAGAAGGCGGCCUGCACCUGAUGAUGACAGUAACGAGUUCGAACAGGCGAGGCGAGCACCAGCAUUUCAUGAAGAAGAGGCUUCAUUUCAAAUGUAA